AUGAGUGAUUCUUUUACUGAAACCUUGGCGGACUUCAGUUUUAAAGUCUUCUACUACGGAGACGAGCUUCCGGAUUUCUUGUGGAACCUCCACACCAGUGCCAACCUUUCAGCGCUGGGAGAGAAAAAACGGCCGAUUGCAGUUGGAGGGGUUUUGCGUCGCAUCAUCAGCGGCAGCUUCUACCGCCAGUACAAGGGAGGAAUUGCGAACAUCUUCGAAGCAGCAAAUCAGUUCGGAGGUGGUGUUCCAGGAGGAGUUGAAAUAGUGGCUUCCACAGCAGCCCUCAGCCACCAGCAAGGCAGCACCAUUCUCUCCUUUGAUGGGAAAAACGCUUACAACAGCAUGCGCAGAUCUUCCAUCUUGCCAGCAGUGGCCACUUUGACGCCACACUUGGUGAAGUACUUCGGGAACAUCUACGCUCGAACCAAGGCGAAACUUCUGUUCAAAAUGGAAGAUGGUUCGAUCGAGGUUGUUCUUUCACAGCGCGGAGUUCAACAAGGCUGCAAUUUGGGAGGGUUUGGCUUCUGUGUAGGACUUCUUGAUAUCAUGAAAGAGUUCAACAACAAGCCACCAGUGCCAGGAGUCAAACUCAUCGGAUACGUCGACGACCUCCAAGCACAUCUUCCACCAGGUUUGGCUAGGAACAUGCAGGCCAUAUCCACUGUAACGAAUUGGAUUCAGGAACGUCUCUCCCAAAAAGGCAUUGAGCUCAGUCUCCCGAAAUCCAAAGUGCUUUUCCCGGAAGGUCUUUGCAUGUCCUCUUUGACAAACGACGAACAGCAACAAUUGACGAAAAUUGGUCUGUCAGUUGCUGAAGGUGGCAUGCCAGUUGUCGGGAUCCCAGUAGGAACAGAGGAGUUCCAGAGGAAUUUCGUUUCCAAAAUCGCCCGUGGUGACCCGGCGGAAUUGAUACUCCGCCUAGCAACGCUUGACGACCCUCAAGCCAGCUAUCAACUGCUGCGUUUAUCUGGUGUGCCACGUUUGUUCCAUCUGCUGAGGACGAUUGCACCGUCUAUCACCAACUCUGCCGCAAAAAUACAUGACAACAUGAUGAUGUGGGCAAUGAGUAAGAUCGUCCUUGGCAAGAUGGCCGACAGCAUGAGAAUACCAACGGUCAAAGAGGUACGCGCAGACCCGACGAAGAGCGAGGAGGUAGAUUUCUUCAAAGGGACAGCUCGGGCGCAGGUGCACCUACCCAUGCGAGAAGGAGGACUAGGAAUCACGAGCAAUGUUCUCAUUCGAGAAUCGGCUUUUGUGGCAGGGCAAGCGCUGGUGUUCUCCAAGUCAGUGCAAGCAUCGACAGGAUACACAGUUGAGCAAUGUCUACCCCGGCUUGCCCAGCUACCGACAGGAUUGGCUCUGAUUGACUCGCUGAAGAAGCUAGAGGAAAUCAUCACCAAAGACAAGCUUGAAAAAGCUGUUGGGCAGUCAUGGGCUAAACUUGCCACAAGUGAUGAGUUAACCCCCGCCCUCAAAGGAGUUUACUUGUUGGAAGCAGGGAAGGCGGGAAAACCCCGUGAAGAUGGAAACCCUGACGUAGAACAUCAACCACCGUCUACCUUCAGCCGAAAUGAAUUUGGUCAACACUACCAAGUCUUUGGAGCCCAAGCUCUCCUUUCGAAACCUCUUCAUGCAGCAGUGCGCCACAUGGUGGAGACAGACUUGCAGAAAGUAGUAGGCGAGGAAACGCCAAAGAAGAGGGCGUUGAUCCGCUUGGAGGAAGCGAAAGGCAAGGGAGUUUUGUCGUGGUUGACAACGCAAGGGUUGUCAGCAGAUGAAAGAAUGCUGCCUGAUCUAUAUCGAGAGUCAAUCGGUCGUGUACUGGGGAGUCACGAUCGAGCAGACUGCAACACAGGCAAACUUUGUGGUGCAGGUGCAUUGUUACCAUGCAAGGACCGCUUGAGCCGAGCCCACUCCCUCGUCUGCACCAAGACCGGCGCCUCAACCUUCCUCCAUAACAGGAUGGUUCGAGUAGUCCUCAAGACACUGCGCGAGUGCCAUAUGCCCAUCGCCGUUGAGGAUUCUUCCCCUUUUACCACAGGCACUGGUAGGGGAAAGGGGCUAUACAAGAUGGAUUUGGUAAUCCCCCCAGGAUUACACGCAGGAGAGAAGGAAGAGGACCUCUGCACCAAGUCCAUUCUGAUCGACGUAACAAUCGUCAACCCAUCAGCAGGUCGAAGCAUCGACAAGUCGAUCCUUAAGCCAGGAUCCGCCCUCGAAGAUCGAGCUGCAAGUAAGGCAAAUCACUAUGCGGGAACUUUCAACCCGUCUAGAUCUACCCUCCUUACUGCUGCUUUUUCAACGAAUGGUGGUCUUGGCAAAGGCACCAAUCGACUCAUCGUUGCUAUCGCCAACCACUUGGCGCACGAAGCUUUUUGCCGGGAAAAUUUUGACGACGAGAGGGCCUUAGUUCGCCUGAAAGCUUUUCAUACUAACAGGAUUCGGAGACGGUUUACCUUCGAGCUAGCUCGUUUUCUGUCGAUGCGAACUCGCGAUGUGUUCAAACGUCAUGGGCUACUGAUCGACCAACUUCCACCAGGGCCAAUCGGUUGGGAUCUCUGCGACAACGAUAGUAAUGAGGGUAAUUCUUUUGGGAGUGACGAAGACGAAGGAAAGGGAAAGGGGAGAAAGGAGGAUGACGACGAUGGAGCAGAAAAACAUGGAGGAGUGGAAGAGAGCAAAGGGACGCCGCAACCCCCUCAUGGCCACCCCUGCAAGGGAGGAUGUGGCGGGCGGCUCCACGGCAAUCGCGGCAGCGUGUUUGAGGACAACGAGCAGCACCGCAUCUGCAGCACGUGUGUCGCCAGGACUAGCAAGCGCAAAGCGACACCAACUAAGGGUGCUGGGGCGGGACCAUCUAAAGGCCAGAAGCAGACGAGCGGGGGAAGCAAGAAGGGAACGGGUUCUCGUGCGCGGCUGGACAACAAGAAGAAGCUCGAGAUUCUGAAGAUGUUGGAUCAGAAGGUGUCUCAUGCACAGAUUGCAGACCGCUUGAAGUGCUCGCUUCGGUGCUUUGUCAAAGCCGAGACGCUUCCGGAGGAGAUGGCGGCUGAGCUCACCAAGCAACACGGAAAGACCCGGUUCAACGUCGCCGAGCCUGACCUGAAGGCUCUCGCAGAGACUGUCAACACGUUGAGCACGAGCGUGCAGGACGCGCAGAAGCAGGGAUCCCGCGUCGUGGACGAGGAGAUCAGCGAACUGUUGGCAGAACUCAACAUCGAACCCGGAAAGCCGGUCGCGGGGGAAGCGGUGGCCGCGAUUCAGGGGUGGGCUACCAUCGAGGACGACGAGGAGGUGGUAGAGGCUCUUCGAUUGGACGCGGUGGAAGACAUGACAGCACUGCUGGCUGGAACGAACUUGUCUACCGGCGGCGACGACGAGGAGGACGAACAGGACCAGGGCGGCGGCGGUGAGAAAACGGGGCUCGAGCGCCGUGCCCCACGUGCGCCACCGGGUUAUGAAGAACUGUCGUCUCACUUCGGCGCCCUGGAAGUGGCAGCAGAGGACAGUGGCAACGGAGACGCGGCGUUCUACCUAACGAAAGCGAAGAUGUCGAUGAUCGCAGCGCAUUCCGCUAGGCGGGUGCGCCAGACAGACAUUAGAGGAUUUGUCGCGACGUAGAGUUCAUGGUUGUUUCUUUUUCUUGCGGUUCGCUUCCUGUCGUGUACUUACAGUUUAAUUUUUUUUCUUGCAGCAUCGAAGCGGGUACGCCAGGCAGACACUCCAGUGUCGCGACGUAGUUUGGGGGGGAGAUACAACUGUAGUGCAGUAGUAUUGAUGUUUGUUUUCUUGCAGUGCGCUUCCUGUCGUGUACUUACAGUUUAAUUUUUUUUCUUGCAGCAUCGAAGCGGGUACGCCAGGCAGACACUCCAGUGUCGCGACGUAGUUUGGGGGGGAGAUACAACUGUAGUGCAGUAGUAUUGAUGUUUGUUUUCUUGCAGUGCGCUUCCUGUCGUGUUUCUUUUUCUGUAUUGUCUUUUGUAUCUUGCAACAUCGCAGGAGGGGCUCUAGGGCUGAGAUAUAGUUACGUCCACUCUGUACGAACGGGAGCUUUAC